UUUUUAUUUAUCACACCUAUCCUUCUACGACCAGCUUUGAUUUACAAUAUGCCUUUCAAUUCGAUAACAGAAAUUGUGAUUUUCCACAUUAAAAAAAGGUGCUCAUUUAUAGAAAUCAUUCGGCUCAUUGGCGAUUGAACUGCCAUUCAAGUGAACGUUUAUUGAUACUACGGACAGGGGUUAAGACCAAAGCGCUGCUUACUUAAAACUGAAUUUUUUUUCGAUUAAAAAAAAUAUAAUCAUUAACAACUACAAUGUUUAGCUCUAUCUGUAAGUUAAGUACGACAAUAAGCAGCCGUUACAUAUUGGUAGAGACUCUAUCUAGAAGAAUGUCACAAAAACAUUCUAGAAUGGAAGACUAUUUUAAGGAUAAACGUUUUGUCGUGACAGGAGCUAGCGCCGGUAUGGGAAAAGUAAUUGCAGAAAGGCUUAUAGAUCUUAAUUCAUAUGUUUUUGCUAUCGGUAGAGAUCCAGAAAACUUGCCACCAGAAAGUAGUAAGGUUAAGCAUGUUGUUUUAGACGUAUCAGAUUGGAAUUUGGCUUACAAAUUAACUUCAGAAAUUGGACCGGUACAUGGAUUAGUGAACAAUGCCGGAGUAGCUCAUAUAGAGCCAUUUUUAGAAUUAUCGAAAGACGGUUGGGAAGAUACAAUCAAUGUCAAUGCUAGGGGAAUGAUCAGAAUUAGUCAAGCAGUAGUGAAAAAUAUGAUUGACGCAGGAAUUAAAGGAUCUAUUGUAAAUGUGUCAUCGACUAUUUCUGAAAGAGUUGUUCCCGACCAUGUAUCUUAUUGUGCAUCGAAAGGGGCCGUAAAUCAAAUUACCAGAACAAUGGCUAUUGAAUUUGGACCUAAAGGAAUAAGAACCAAUAAUGUUUGCCCAACAGUGGUAUUAACUAAAAUGGGAAUGAAGGCGUGGUCUGAUCCUGCAAAAUCAAAACCUAUUAUGGAUAGAAUACCAUUAGGAAGAUUCGCUAUGCCUGAUGAUAUCGCAGACGCAACGAUAUUUUUGUUGAGUGACUACGCAAAAAUGGUGAAUGGUCUUAAUCUGUACGUGGAUGGAGGUUUCAUGUCUGGAUAAUUUAUUCGAUAAUCUUAUCAAAUACAUAUAAAUUAUUUAUCUUUACUCACUUAUUAAGUAAUAUUACUGUUUACAUUAUUGUAAUUAUAAGAAUGUAAUAUAUAUUUAUACAUUUUAA